AUGAGCCCCAUGAUCAUGGAGGAAGAUGAUCUUGUCGAGUAUGUCAACCGCUCGCUAAACGAAGAAGAGGAAUUUCACUUCCUCCGUUUUGAAUUCCUGCAAAGACUCAAUAUUGUGAAGCUGCAACUAGAUUUGGUCCGAUUGAAAGGCCAAUUUCAGAGCGAGAAACGGGCAUCGAUUCAGGAUUUGGAGGUUCUCGAAAGGACGCUGGAGAAAUAUGCCACUGCAAUUCGAAACUACCAGUUCCUCAGGAGCAAAGCAGCCCUCGGGAAGGCCGAGACACGAAAGCGUAAGCUGCUUUUACAACGCUACUUUCAAUCUAAACUCAACGACCAGUUCCACUCCCAUUACUGCUCUUUUCACGACGCAGAGCAAGGAAUCGACCCAUUGCGAAGGGCAUUGAUGCGCUAUAUGCCUUCAUUUCUUGCAUUCUCCAGUGAAGAAAAGAUGUCCCGACCGAGGGAAUACAGCGAGGGCAAAGCACCGCGAGAAGUGUCGGUGUCUGUGGAUCGAUUGACGCGGUUCCUCGUCGCUAUUACUGGGGGCAUCUUCCUUGUGGUACCCAUGAUCAUUAUGGCUUUGCAUCAGUCAAAGACUAAGAGCCUGGUUACAGUUUCGGUUUGUAUAAUUUUGUUUGCGCUGAUUAUGGCUCUUGGUGUGCGGGUUUCGAAUGUGGAGACAUUGGUCUCUACUGCCACAUAUGCUGCGGUCUUGAUGGUAUUCCUUGGGGUGAGCAAUUGA